CCCUCUCAUAAUGUCUGCUCGGCCGUGAAGGUCUCAGUGUUCCUCACGGGAGGCUGGCGGGUUGCUUCACAUCCAGCAGCAUGUCUGAUCACCGGCGGGGGCUCGUCUAUCUGAUCACCGGAGGUUCAGGCUUCCUCGGCAGGCACCUGCUCAGGAUUUUGCUGGAGAAGGAGGACAAUCUGGAGGAGGUGCGAGUGUUUGACAAACGUCCCGAUCCGGCUUUAAACGGGCUCAGCACAGAGCGGACAAAGGUGGUGGUCAUUCAGGGGGACAUCACAGACCACAGCAGUGUGCUGGACGCCUCCUGCGGGGUCGAUGUCGUCAUCCACAUGGCCAGCUUGGUGGACGUUUGGCACCGAAUCCCAGACACCCUCAUCCACUCCGUCAACGUCACAGGCACAGAGAAUGUGAUCAGAGCCUGUGUGGAGUGUGGCAUCCAGACCCUGGUCUACACCAGCAGCAUGGAAGUGAUCGGUCCCAACAUCAAGGGUGACCCUUUUAUCAGGGGCAACGAAGACACACCUUACAACGUGGAGCAUGCCAUGGCCUACCCGAAGAGCAAGGCGAAGGCGGAGAAGAUUGCGCUCGAAGCGAAUGGCGCCAAGGUGAAGGGCGGAAAGUCUUUGUACACGUGCUCCCUGAGGCCGACGGGGAUCUACGGCGAGGGGCACGAGCUAAUUAAGGAUUUCUACAAGCAGGGCGUACAAAGGGGAGGCGUGAUCGUCGGGGGCGUGCCAGAAAACUCUGAACACGGACGGGUCUAUGCAGGCAACGUGGCCUGGAUGCAUGUGCUCGCAGCCCGAGCGCUGAGAGAGCGCCCGCAGACGGUGGGCGGUGAAGCUUUCUUCUGCUACGACGACUCGCCCUACAAGAGCUACGAGGACUUCAACAUGCUCUUCCUCUCCGCGUUUAACUUCCGAAGGGUCCGCAUUCCCUUACUGCUCCUCUGGUUCCUGGCCAUGGUCAAUGACCUGCUCCGCUGGUUGCUCAGCCCCGUGUACAACUUCACCCCGCUGCUGAACCGUUACACGUUGGCCGUGGCGAGCACCUCCUUCACGGUCCGCACAGACAAGGCCCUGCGUCACUUCGAGUACCGCCCCCUGUACGACUGGGAGCAGUGUAAGGCCCGCACGCAGAAAUGGGUUGACACGUUCCCUCAGGAUAACCCAAAAGACACUUAAUGUGACUUCAGGCACGGCAGCGCACGUCAAAGGCUGCCGGGCGUGCAGGACUACAUGUGUGUUUAAAGGUGUGACCUGCUUUUGGGGGUCGAUAUAAAGGAAUCAAGUGGGAUUUAUUGUGUUAAAAGACACCCGAUUUCACUCUUUCAUUUGUGUAACAUGCAAGUCGAGCAUUUGUAGCUCAGUUAUAAAUGAAACGUCCUAAAGUGUUCAGUUUGCACAUACGUUAGCAGCUUUGUGAAAGCAAAUGUAAGUACAAUAUAUGGACUUCGACCGUUAUAUUAUAUGUUUUAUUUUCAGUAAUUUAAAGAAUAAUAUUUUAGAAUAGAAUUGUGAGAAUUGUGUCAUGUAUAGUUUGUUAAUUUUUUUGUAAUUUUUAAUAAAAAUUAUUUAAUAUAUUCUA